AUGGCCGCACUCAGCGUUGCAAUCGGCGCACAGCAUGGCUUAAGAUCUUCAGGAGCGGCAAGGCCUGCAGCUCCAGCUCGAACACAGCCAGACGAGUCUCUCAGCAAGUCUCUGACAGGUUGCUUCGCACUUGGCGCUGUCGCAGCAGUGCACCGGAAAAGGAGUCUGACCUUGAGGGAAUGGCGCGGGGAACGAACCAUGGAGAUCAACUAUUACCAGUUGGAUGCAAUGAAAGCCAGCAACAUUCGCAAAAAGACUGAAACAAUGCUUGAGGAAGGGGCAGCUGUGCUGAAGGGAUGUGCGGAAGAGAGCGCUCAACAGAAGAUGCUCUUGCUGCUAUCAAGCCCAGCAGUGAAGGAGUUGCUAGUUUUCUUGGUGCAGGAUGACCUCACCGUGCUCUCAGUAUUGAAGCAGCUGAAGUAUUUCUGGAGCCUCUCGCAGAGUCACCUGGCCAUUUUGCUUGAGAGGUUGGCUGAGCAACUGCGACUGGAGCAUGACUUGAAGAUGCCAGAAGCGGUGCGAGCGUUCUAUGGCGAGAACGCGAUCCAUCUGGAAGCUGCCGAUCCACAUGGAGUUUUCCCCACCUCCAUCUACCGCCAGUGUGACGGUUUGACAUUGGCCACAGAAGACUCUGCGACCAUCGAGUCAGUGAUGAGUACGACCAUCACUACGACCAUCAAGAUCGCUCGGGACGUGUUGCAGCCUUCAAACAGGCUGUUGUUUGACGUCUACAAGCCCCUUGGUCGUUGUGUGGCCGUGGUGGAUGACAAAGUGGAAGCUCACUUUGGCGCUGACUUGGAGAAAUAUUUCGAAAUUAAUGGAAUCGAGUUUGUGAAGCUCGUCUUCAGUGGCAACGAGGUUGACAAGAACUUAAGCAAUGUCGAGCAGAUCCUCUUGGCCCUGAAGGAGAAUUGGCAGGCGCGCCAUGAGCCCGUCCUGAUCGUCGGCGGCGGCGUCAUUGCAGAUGUGGCUGGCAUGGCGUGUGCGCUCUACUCCAGGAACACUCCGUAUGUGAUGCUCUGCACGUCUCUUGUGGCUGGUAUUGAUGCUGGCCCUUCACCCCGUGUGUGUUGCAAUGGCUUUAGCUACAAGAACCUCUAUGGUGCCUAUCAUCCACCGGCUCUGACCAUCACGGAUCGCGGCUUCUGGAGGACCAUGCACCCAGGGCAGUUACGCCAUGGAGUAGCUGAGAUCAUCAAGGUGGCGGCGAUGGCGGACCUGCAUCUCUUCGAGUUGAUGGAGAAGUGGGGAAAGGAGACGGUGGCGACGAACUUCGGCACCUUGGGAGGCCUUGAUGACCCUGCUUUCCAAGAGGUUUGCGACCUCAUCAUUGGCAAAGCCAUGGAGGGAUAUGUCCGUGCAGAGUAUGGCAACUUGUGGGAGACUCAUCAAUGUCGACCUCAUGCCUAUGGUCACACCUGGAGCCCUGGUUAUGAACUGCCAUCAGGAAUGCUUCAUGGACACGCCGUCGGCACCUGUAUGGGUUUCGGGGCUUACUUGUCCUACAAGGAGGGAUGGCUCAGUGAAGUGGACAUGCAUCGUGUGCUGAAGGUGAUCUCGGAUUGCGAACUGGCCUUGUGGCACCCUGUGAUGGAAGACACCGUGUCAGUGUGGAAGGCACAAAUCGGCAUCGUGGAGAAGCGAGGUGGGAACUUGUGUGCUCCGAUCCCCCGCGCUUUGGGAGAGUCAGGCUAUUUGAACUCCUUACCAGAGCGUCUCUUGCAUCAGAGGAUGCAUGAAUACCAAGAGCUCUGUUCCAAAUAUCCUCGUGAGGGCCGGGGUGUCCAAGAGCAUAGCGUGGACGUGGGCCUUGAAGAUCCUAUGAGCAAGAAAGAUUCGAUCCGCGACGCUGACCGCUGCGUAGUGACCCCUAUGGACCGCGUGGUCGUCCAGCUGGGUGCUGCGAGCCAGAGUACGAGUGCCAGGGCCAUCGGAGAGGCCGCUCGCAUCGUGGACGGCAUCGAUGAGAUGGUCACGAAGUAUAGCUCCCAACCAUCAGAGGCAUUGAAAAACGUCAGCAAAAGGACGGCCAUGACGAAUCCGCUGUGGGCAGAGCUGAUGGGACAAGGCAACACGAGCAGAUUGAUGGAGGCUGAGAUGAUCUCAGGGCAGGCGGAGGCUCAGUUGCUGCAGCUCCUCUUGAAACUCAGUGGCGGCAAAGACGUCCUGGAUAUCGGCACCUUUACCGGCUACUCAUCUCUCGCCAUGGCGGAGGCUAUCCCGGAGGAUGGCACAGUGGUGACACUUGAGAGGGAACAAGAGGCUAAAGAUAUGGCCAAGGCCAACUGGAUUGGCUCUCCUCAUGCGUCUAAGAUCGAGUCUCUAGUGGGUGAGGCUCACGAUUUGCUUAUUUGCUUGGCUGCUGAAGACAAGAGCUUUGACUUGGUCUUCCUUGACGUCGAUAAGCCCGGUUACUUUGGCCUUUAUCAGAUGCUGAUGGAUAAGAACCUUCUGAAGGUCAAGGGCCUCCUGGUCGUGGACAACGUGAUGUACAAGGGUGAAGAGUUGUCGGGCACUGAGCUCACGAAGAACGGCCAGGGUGCUCAAGCAUUGAAUCAGGGCCUACUUGAUGACCCCCGAGUGCAGCAGGUGAUGCUUCCGCUCAGGGACGGCGUGACGCUUGUCUACCGAGAGUCUUGA